AGUCCAGCCCUGCCUCGGUUCUUCCUCCCCGUCCCAUCGUGCUGUAGAAGUUGCCCGCUGCCGUCUCCUGUCCUGACUCCUCCAUGUCUCUCACUUCCCUCACUUCUCGGCUUUGACCUCGGCUCGCAAUGAACUCUCUCCUGCGUCCGCCGCUGCCGGGCCCGACGCCGAGCCUGAGCGCGAGACGCAUGGUCUCGCCGCCGCCAGCGCCGGUGCGGGUCAGCUCGGCGGCGCUGGCCGGCAGCGGGCGCAGAUGCCGGCUGGGGCUGGCAGUGGCGGCGUCGGCGGCUCCGUCGUGGAUGGAGGAGGCCGGGGUGGCCGUGCUGGAGGAAGGCGGGCGGAGGAACCCGUCUGUGUCGGACUCGUACCGCCCUGCUGGGCUGCCGCGGCCCAACGCCACGGUGCUGGAGGCGCAGGCGCGGGUGUGCACGGGCCCCGCACAGACGCGCCCGCUCGGGGAGGAGCAGGCCAUGCGCGUCCUCGACACUAUCCUCCGCUCCGCAAUGGGAGAACUCAAAGAGGAGCCAGUCUCUAGUGCACAGUUAGGUGCAUUCUUUGCAGGCAUGACAAUAAGAUCCAACUCGUUUCCAGAGGCCACACAGUGGAGCGAGGGUGAACGGCGUGCCAUGAGCAUAUUUUGGCCACGCCUUGUACAAAUUCUUCCUCCGGAGGUGAAGUUUAUAGCAGACCCUGAAGGGACGAUCAUGGGUGCAAAUGGUUUAACAGGGCCUCGGUAUGUUGGUCAAGGAACUGGAGAGAUGAGACUAGUCGGUGCUCUGAGGGAAGUGCUUGCUGGUGGCCAUUUAGGCUAUGAGGAGGUUCAAUGUGUGCUAAAGGAUAUUUUACCAAUUGGACCGAGUUCAGAUUUGACAGUGACUAGUGAAGCAUUGCUGGCAGCAUUUUUGAUUGGACAACGGAUGAAUAGAGAAACUGAUCGUGAGCUCAAAGCGUAUUGCCUAGCCUUUGAUGAUGAACUAGGUCCUCCUCUGGUUGCUGACGUCAAGUCCUUGACACACUAUGGUGAACCAUAUGAUGGCAAUACACGGUUUUUUAGAAGUACUCUAUUUGUUGCAGCGGUUCGAGCCUGCUAUAGUGAAUCAUGCCUCCUCCAUGGUGUUCAAUGGAUGCCACCCAAGGGUGGAAUAACAGAAGGACAAAUGCUUAAAUUCAUGGGCGCAAACAUACACUUAUCUCCAACACAAGCCAAGAUACUGUUGGAGGAUGAGACUGCUGGUUUUGCAUAUUUGAAUCUUCAGGAAGCAUGUCCACCAUUAUAUUCAAUUAUUGGGCUCAGGGAGCAUAUUAAGAAACGGCCACCAUUGGCUACCUCUGAGAAAGUUCAACAAUUUGUGAGGGCACGGGGGAGAGAAUCAAUGGUUGCAGGAUUUUAUCACGAAGGCUAUGAAGAUCCAUUGCUUAUGCUGAUGAGAAGGAGAACUGUUCAUGCUGGACUAGUUGUGAAGGGUGAGGAAGGUGCGCUUUCCUUGACAACCAAGGAAAGAUCAGCCCAUGCAUCAAAAGGACUCCCUGUUAACCACUGUUCAGGGUUUCGGACACCAAGCGGCAUAAAUUUCUCUGAGACUGAUGGUAUUCCUAGAGAAAGCUUCAGGGUCAUUGUGAAUGCCCAGGAACUUGGUUUUGAAUCCACUGAAACUCCAAGAACUGAUAGAUCAAUUCUAAGGAACUUGGAGCUUGGUCUGGCAGCACUAGGUGGCGAAAAAGGAGCAGCGUAUGACCGAAUCGUUCUUAACGCGGCUAUGGCUGACCACUUACUAGGCUGCAGCGGAGCUGAGGAUAUCGACGCUGCACUUGACCGAGCGAGGGAAGCCAUUGGUAGCGGUGAAGCUCUGAGAAGGCUCAUGAGUUACAUAAAGAUCUCGCACAAAGUGUCCUAGUGUUGACCCGUGAGUCUGUGACCAUGUACUGACUGUACAAUUUUGGCGUGAGUCACGACUGGAUAUCUUCUUCGCGUUGUCUGAGUGCCUUCCCCACUCAAUGUUACAAAGCCACCAUGAAAAAGUAUACUCCCUUGCCCUCAAGGACAUGUCCAAAAAAAACAGUUGAAAGGAAACAAUGCCUUGUUGGCAAGGAAUGUGUUUUUAUAAGAUUUUUGUUUUGCACCGAGAGACACGUACAGAUUCUCCUCUUGAGAUGUCCGAAUCUGGUUAUUGUGGCUAUUGUGAAUACUCUGCAUAGCCUCAUCGUCAAUCGUCAUCCAGGUUGAGAACUUGUAAACCGUAUUUGAUUUUGUUUAUGAAUGUAUGUGCUCUUCUUUA